UCUGAUCUAAGCAAAGACGUCCAGCGUGGCAAUAUUUCAUUUGCUGAAAUUGGAGGCUCUCACUUAACUUCCCCAACUCCUCAGUAUUGAGGUUCCGUAACUACUCGCAACUGCCGGGCUUCUGCUUCGCCUUGUAUUUCUAAUGUCCAACGAGAACCCACGAGGCCACAUGGUGUCGCAGUUCUGUGCCCCUGUUUCAAGGAGUUAGGUCCCCUCUCUCUCUCUCUCUCUCUCUCUCUCUCUCUCUCAAUACCCAUGAAUCAUUCCAGGAUAUUUAACAAAUUCAGCUUUUCUUUUCUUGCGAGUAAUUGUGUAAUUUUUUUUCCUGGUUGGUAAAUCCGUUCUCUAUAUAAGCUCGACCCCACCUUACAUUCUUCAUCAAACACCCGCUCCUUUGUUCUCUUCUCCUGUUCUCCCAGAAAAAUAGCCCCCAACCGAUUUUCUUCCACCAUGGCAAACAUGUCCGUAGCCAUCAGCACUCUUCUCUUCCUCUUCUUUGUUUCCUCUUCCGCCUCUGACAUGUCCAUCAUCAGCUACAACAACGAAAAUCACGAGCAACCGACUAGGCGAACCGACGCCGAGUUGAAGGACAUGUACAUGUCAUGGCUGUCUAGGCAUGGGAAAGCUUACAAUGGGCUGGGAGAGAACGAGAAGAGGUUCGAGAUUUUUAAGGAUAAUCUGAGGUUCAUCGAGGAACACAACUCCCAAAACCGCACUUACAAGGUUGGCUUGAAUCGUUUUGCUGAUUUGACCAGCGAGGAGUACCGUGCCUUGUACUUGGGCACCAGGACUGACCCCAAACGAAGGGUCAUGAAGUCCAAGAACCCCAGCCAGAGGUACUCUUUUAGAGCCGGUGAAAAGUUGCCGGCGUCCGUGGAUUGGAGGGUGAAAGGUGCUGUUAAUUCUGUCAAGGAUCAAGGAAGUUGCGGAAGUUGCUGGGCGUUCUCUACCGUGGCAACGGUGGAAGGCAUAAACCAAAUCGUCACCAGCGAAUUGAUCUCUCUAUCAGAACAAGAACUUGUGGAUUGUGACAGAGAAUACAACGCCGGGUGCAACGGAGGUCUCAUGGAUUACGCGUUCGAGUUCAUUAUCAACAAUGGAGGCAUGGACACCGAAGCAGACUAUCCUUACCAAGGCGUUAACAGCAAAUGCGACACGGCCAGGAAGAAUUCAAAGGUAGUUAGCAUUGAUGGGUACGAGGAUGUCCCACCCUAUGAUGAGAAUGCGUUGAAGAAGGCUGUGGCGCAUCAGCCUGUGAGUGUUGCAAUUGAAGCCAGUGGCAGGGCUCUACAGCUCUACGAGUCGGGUGUAUUUACAGGUGAAUGUGGAUCAGAGCUAGACCAUGCAGUGGUUGCAGUUGGAUAUGGCACGGAGAAUGGGGCGGAGUACUGGCUUGUGAGGAACUCCUGGGGAACCAACUGGGGUGAGGAUGGAUACAUCAAGAUAGAGCGCAACGCCGUUGGCACGUUUACUGGCAAGUGUGGAAUUGCAAUGGAGGCCUCCUAUCCCAUUAAGACUACUCCCCAAAACCCAAAUAACCCUUACAGUCGCGCUUCAGAGAGCGUUAUCAAGAUGGUCAGCAGUGCUUGAAAGCUAAUGCUUCUGAUUCUUCUUCAUGGUUGAGUGUGGCAUAUGCUAUUCAUUGGGUGAUGCUGUUUUUUGUUUUUUUAAAUUUGGUCAUUGAUCAUCUCUGUACAUAGCCUGUCGAACUGUGCACUCUCAAGAAUUGAUGUUGUUGUAGUUCAAUGUCAUUUGUUUUUGCAAUAUUAUUCCGAGUUCUCCAGGGGUUUAAAUGAAGUUACAUCUGUUAUUAUCUGCUGA